UAAAACCCUCCAAGUAGAAACCUUUGAGGCAAAACCAAACACCCUUUUGGCCACUCUUGACAAUGCCAACCCAAUCUGAGUCACCCAACAACAAGUCCAUGAGCACGUUGACCCAAAUGUUUCAGAACAUUUUCUCAGACAACAGCAACAUCAUGCUUGCAGCCAUCAUUUCCCUUCUCCUAGUCAUUCUCUUUGUCCUUCUCCUCCACCUCUACGCCAAGUGGUUCCUCGCUCAGGCACAGGCUCAGUCCCGCCGUCGCCGCCGCCGCCGGAGAACCACCGUCACCGUCUCCGACGUCCUCGGCCCGGCGAGGUUCCACCACUUCCACAGCUUCAACAUAGAAGACUCAUCACCACUCUCAACCAAAGGCUUAGAUUCCUCCACCAUUAGGGCAAUUCCACUCUUCAUCUAUGACCACAACAAGAAGGUCCAAGAAGAAUAUGAAGAACUUGAGUGUGUGAUUUGUUUGAGUGCAUUUGAGGGUGGUGAAGUUGGAAGGUGUUUACCAAAGUGUGGCCAUGGUUUUCACGUGGAGUGCAUUGACAUGUGGUUGAGUUCACACUCCAAUUGCCCUAUUUGUAGGGCUUCAAUUGUUGUUGAGAGUGAUUCUUCUAGGGUGGUGGCAUCAAGUGAUCAUGGUGGUGAUGAUUUGGUUGAGAUUGUGGUUGAUGGUGGUUCUGAUGAGAUUAGAGAGAGUCAUCAUGAGAAUGCGAAUAGUAAUGGUAAUGGAGUAGUUAAUCACGUUUCUGUGUCGGGAACUUCUUCGUUUUUUGGAUGCUCUUUGGAGAGAAUGCUCGGCAACAAGUAAAUGAAUUUCACAUACUUGAGAUGUAUAUGAUCGAAGUGUCUAUUUUCUACACAAAAUGAGCAACAUUAACGUACAGGUUUAAUUUCUUUGUUUGAUCGAUCCUUCCCUCAAAUUAUUCUAGGCCUUGGAGCAGUAAAAAGUUUCAUUUCUUCACUUUUUGGCUUUUUUGUUUUUUUUCUGCAUUUCACUAUAGGCCAAUUUUUUAUAUUAUUAAACACGUUGGAAGCAAUUAUCAGCAUGUUUGGAACAACAUCCUCACACCACAUUUGGAAACGGCAUGUUUAGACUUAUUUUAUGAUCAAGUACUUGUA